AGUUUUUUUUUUACAUAUUCUCCGCAUUUUGCAAUCUAAUCAUGUAAUAACCCAGACUCAGUACGUAGUCAAACAUUAGUAUGAUUUUCUCUCUUCUUACUGAACAUAAUUUAGUUGGUUAAUUUAAUGCAAUCCAUUAAUUUAUAGCUUCCCUAAUUAGUUGGAAUGGACUAGUGAUGUAAAUCAUUUAUAUUUAUAUUCAUGUUAGGUCAAUUUCUUUUCCAAAUACGAGUACUAAAUAAUGUCUUUUAGGCUAAUUUAUUAGAUCUCCUGCUUAUCCUUAUGUAACUUGUUUAAUCUCAACUGAAUUACUACCACCUUAAAGAAUUCUUGCAAGGAAAUUGGCCUUAAUUUGUUGUCCUAGUGCGUAUUUUUUCAUAAAAACAGGCUUAUUAAUUUGCUUACUAUGUACAUUAAGUACGAGCAAAGUUUUAUUGAAGGAUCUAUGGAGAAUUAAAGACAACCAAAAUAUAUGUUUAAGGUUAUGUUGAAAUGAUAAGUACUUAUUGUUAAUUACAACUUCUGACUUCGAACUAUAAGAAUGGAGUUACCUUUGGUCGAAACCACUCUAACUCUAAACUUCGGAUAAAAAAACUGAAUAAAAAAUAUUCAAUAUAAAUACGAGCCGGGCAUUCCCUCCUCUUAUUAUAUUCAUUCAUUUCCCGGGACUAAGUCGAUUGGUUAAGACCACAAGUCCCCUUUCUCUCCUCCCUUUGUUCUUCUUACUUUAUACUAAUAAUAUCCUACCGCUCUCACCUUAGCUUUCUAAUGGAUCCUUACAAGUACCGUCCGUCAAGUGCUUUCAAUUCACCAUUCUGUACCACUAAUUCUGGUGCUCCAGUUUGGAACAACAAUUCAUCUCUUACUGUUGGUGCUAGAGGUCCUGUGUUGCUUGAGGAUUACCAUUUGGUGGAGAAACUUGCCAACUUUGACAGGGAACGUAUCGCGGAACGUGUUGUUCAUGCCCGUGGUGCUAGUGCCAAAGGGUUUUUUGAAGUUACUCAUGACAUUACUCACCUUACCUGUGCUGAUUUCCUUCGAGCUCCCGGUGUCCAGACUCCUGUCAUUGUGAGAUUUUCUACUGUUAUUCAUGAGAGGGGUAGUCCUGAAACUCUGAGAGACCCUCGUGGUUUUGCUGUCAAGUUCUACACUAGAGAGGGAAACUUUGAUCUGGUAGGGAACAACUUCCCCGUCUUCUUCAUCCGUGAUGGAAUGAAGUUCCCUGACAUGGUUCAUUCUCUGAAGCCAAAUCCUAAGUCCCAUAUCCAGGAGAAUUGGAGGGUCCUUGAUUUUUUCUCUCAUCAUCCUGAAAGCCUGCACAUGUUCACUUUCCUAUUCGAUGAUAUUGGUAUACCACAAGAUUACAGGCACAUGGACGGAUCUGGUGUCCACACAUUCACAUUGAUCAACAAGGCUGGGAAAUCAACCUAUGUGAAGUUCCACUGGAGGCCCACAUGUGGUGUCAAGUCCUUGUUGGAAGAAGAGGCAAUCCGAGUUGGAGGAGCAAAUCACAGCCACGCUACUCAGGAUCUCUAUGACUCUAUUGCAGCUGGAAAUUAUCCUGAAUGGAAGCUUUUCAUUCAGACCAUGGAUCCAGCUCAUGAAGACAGAUUUGAUUUUGAUCCACUCGAUGUGACAAAAACUUGGCCAGAGGAUAUCUUUCCUUUGCAGCCGGUGGGAAGAUUAGUUCUGAACAAGAACAUUGAUAACUUCUUUAAUGAGAAUGAGCAGCUAGCUUUCUGCCCUUCUAUUGUGGUUCCAGGGGUUUAUUACUCAGAUGAUAAGAUGCUUCAAACUCGUAUUUUCUCCUACUCUGAUACCCAACGGUAUCGACUUGGGCCAAACUAUUUGCAACUUCCUGCUAAUGCUCCAAAGUGUGCUCAUCACAACAAUCACUAUGAUGGCUCUAUGAAUUUUAUGCACAGGGAUGAGGAGAUCGAUUACUUCCCUUCAAGGUAUGAUCCAGUUCGCCAUGCUGAGAACUAUCCUAUUCCUACAACAGUUUGCAGUGGCAAACGCGAGAAGUGUAUCAUUCAGAAAGAGAACAAUUUCCAGCAACCAGGAGAAAGGUAUCGCUCAUUCUCCGCUGACAGGCAAGAACGCUUUAUUCGCCGGUGGGUGGAGGCCUUGUCUGAUCCGAGGAUCACUUAUGAAAUACGCAGCAUUUGGAUCUCAUACUGGUCUCAGGCUGACAAAUCUCUGGGUCAAAAGCUUGCUUCUAGGCUUAAUGUGAGACCAAGCAUAUGAAGAUGAAGAUUUUAAUGGUUUUGGAGGAGGUGAUGAUCUCAAUGUGAGAGUUUUAGUAACUAUUCUAAUCGUAUAGCAAAAUGUAUAAUUAGGUGGACGAUCAUAUUAAGAUGAAAUAAGGAUAGUAUUCCUAAUACAUGUGCAUUUGUUAUUGUGUUGCUAUUGUAAUAUGAAUAAUGAAUGGAAGUUACAGAUAAUAUUUCUUUUUUUUGUA